AUGCCCCUUGUCAAAAAUAAACGUAGUAACAAUUAUGCAUAUAACAAAAUCUAUCUAUCUAUCUAUCUAUCUAUCUAUCUAUCUAUCUAUCUAUCUAUCUAUCUAUCUAUCUAUCUAUCUCACUCUGUUCAUAUCUAUCUAUCUAUCUAUCUAUCUAUCUAUCUAUCUAUCUAUCUAUCUAUCUCACUCUGUUCAUAUCUAUCUACCUAUCUAGGGUGCGUAAGAGCAUCAAUGUCGAAUUAUCAGCUAACGCGUGUGAGGAAACGACAUGCUGCAAUUGUUGCAAUACACGUAAAGCACAUCGAUGCAGAGAUUGCACGAUUUUUUGGAAGUACCAGGUCUUUUGUGCACAAAGUUCGGAAGGAGUUGGAAGCCUCUAACAGAGAUGUGUCGCCUGUAGCGAAGCGCAAAAAGCAUUCACUGCAUUCGGACAUUAUCACAACACCACAAUUUGUACAGCGAGUGCAGGACAUUGCGAAUUCUGGACCGUCCAAUGGGCCUAUUUUCAGAGUUACCAGAGGGUACAAUCCGCAAUAUGAUACAUAG